UACUGCGCAUGUACGUGCACUAUGCUCGGCCAUCCAGUGGGGUAAUCGUCUUCCUCUUUGGAGAGAACUUCGCCUGCCUGCCUAUGCAUUGGAUUUGAUUAUACUUGUGUUUCGGUCCUCGGUAUGGACUCUCAAAAAGAGGCCUUACAGAGAAUAAUAACCACGUUGGCCAAUAAAAAUGAGGAGCUCCAGAACUUUAUGGAAACACUUACUCACUCUCUGGCUGGUGUCCAGGUGAACUCCCCACAGGCAGUGUCCGACCUGGAGGAGGAGUUUGACAGGUUAUUCACCAUCCUGGUUGAGAUGAAGGAGAGCAUGAUCAACACCAUCAAACAGGAAGGGGCCAAGAAGACACAGGAACUGCAGCAUCAACUGACACAGAGUGGCAGUGCCUUGAAGAGUGCAGUGGAGCUGCUGGAGUUCGCCAACAAUGCUCUGGAUAUUCAAGACGAGGAUGAGUUCACUAAGGCUGCCAAGCAGAUCAAAGAUAGGGUAACAAUGGCACCAGCCUUCAGACUGACCAUGAAGCCCAAGGCCACAGAUAACAUGGACCAUCUCAUGGUGGACUUCAACCAGGAACGGCAACUCCUCCAGAACCUCAAGUUUCUGCCUGUCCCUCAAGCCCCAGAGAUGGAGGUCGGGGACUGUCUGGUGUUAGACAACACUGUGUCUGUAGCCUGGAAAAUGCCAGUGGAGGACAGCAAGAUAGACCACUACAUACUGGAGUACAGAAAGACCGACCACGAAGGACUGCCACGCAUCAAAGACGAACGUUGCUGGGAGGUGGUGGACAACAUCAAGACCACAGAAUACUCACUGUCCGGUUUAAAGUUUGACUCGAAGUUCAUGAACUUCCGGGUACGAGCUUGCAACAAGGCAGCAGCUGGAGAAUACUCUGAUCCAGUUACCCUGGAAACCAGAGCGUUUAACUUCGGUUUCGACUCGUCGUCGUCCCAUCUGAACCUGAAGGUAGAGGACAGGAGUGUGGAGUGGGACCCCCAGGGAGGCAAGGGGCUGGAGAGCAAGGUCAAGGGCAAGGAGAACAAGGGCAGCGCUCAUCUUACCAAUCUGAAGAACAUGUCAAGUGGAACUCCGUCUCCCAAGAGGACGUCAACGACACGGUCUCCUGCCAUCAGAGGAGGCAGAGACCGGUUCACUGGAGAGUCCUACACCGUGCUAGGUGAUACCAGUAUGGACUGUGGUCAACACUACUGGGAGGUGAAAGCCCUUAAAGACUGUAAGUCCUACAGUGUUGGGGUCUCCUACAGGAACCUGGGAAAGUUUGACCAGCUGGGUAAGACCAACACUACCUGGUGUAUCCACAUCAACAACUGGCUACAGCCCUCCUUCGCUGCCAAGCACAACAACAAGGCCAAGAGCCUGGACGGCACGGCGCCUGGUCGCAUCGGGGUCUUCUGUGACCUGGACUCAGGUGGGUUUAUACAGUAUAAUAUGAGGGGUUAUUCAACACACUAUGAGGGCCUUCUGUGACCUGGACUCAGGUGGGUUUAUACAGUAUAAUAUGAGGGGUUAUUCAACACACUAUGAGGGCCUUCUGUGACCUGGACUCAGGUG